GCUGUGUAUUGUACGUAAACGUAUAAAAAUAUUGUAAGGGGUGCAAACAUAUUCGAAAAUAUAUCGAAAUCACCAAAAUUUUAUAUAGCAUAUGCUUUAAGUUUUGCAAUACUCAUAAAACCCUCCCUUCCCCAAAGACAGAACCGAUUAUGUCGCUAGCUCGCCGUUAUUCCCGACUGCCAGCGCCUGGGUCGAUGCUGAAGCUGGUGCAGGCGUCGGAGGCGGCCUUAGAGGAAUCCGCUCUGGAUUUCUAUGAGAAAGGCAAUUUGACGUGGCGCUCGCAGUAUACGAACCCAUCGCUGGCCCGUCUAGGCAUCGGCACGGAGUUCCUGCCGGCGAAGAGCGGCAAGAGACAGAAGUCUUCGACAAAUGGCGAUACGGAAUCGGAGAAUCAACAGAAUGGAUGGUCUUGUUUGGUUAAUCGCUGUCGCAUCUGAAAUGCUGUCGGCCAGCGACUGUCCCGUCCCAACGGAUAUCGCCUCACUUUUAUAUAUGUAACUCU